AUGGACUACCUCAACCGCCUCGCGCGGCUCCUGGACCGUCCGCUCUUCCCGUGGAAGAAGCUCAUCCUCGGCUUCUCUGUUGGCCAGUUCGUCUUCGAGUCUCUCCUGUCGCUGCGCCAGUACCAGGUCCUCCGCAAGACCAAGGCCCCCAAGGUGCUCGAGAAUGAGAUCUCUCAAGAGACCUUUGACAAGAGCCAGGCGUAUGGCCGCGCCAAGCAGAAGUACGAGCUCAUCAACGGCCUCUGGGGCCAGAUUCAGAACAUUGCCUUUAUCCAACUCGACAUCCUCCCGAAACUCUGGUCCUGGACCGGCGACCUGCUCCUCAAGUUUGCGCCUGCCCGCUUCACCGGUGAAAUAUCGCACUCGAUCGUCUUCGUCCUGACCUUUGUCCUCGUUCAACAAGCCCUGUCUCUGCCCAGCUCGAUCUACUACAACUUUGUCCUCGAGGAGAAGUUUGGUUUCAACAAGCAGACGCCCAAGCUCUUCGUCACGGAUAUGCUCAAGUCGAACAUGCUCACCUUUAUUCUCGCCCCGCCCAUCCUCGCCGGUUUCCUCGCCAUCAUCAAGAAGACGGGCAACCAGUUCUUCUUCUACCUCUGGGCUUUCGCUGCCGGUCUCCAGGUCUUCAUGAUCACCAUCUACCCCAUCGCCAUCCUGCCCCUGUUCAACAAGCUGUCCCCUCUCGACGAGGGCGAGCUCAAGACCAACGUCGAGGCCCUCGCCAAGAAGCUGAACUUCCCCCUCCACGAGCUGUACGUCAUUGACGGCAGCAAGCGCAGCGCCCACAGCAACGCCUACUUCUUCGGACUGCCCUGGAAGAAGCACAUUGUCAUCUACGACACCCUCAUCGAGAAGAGCGAGACCCAGGAGGUUGUCGCCGUCCUGGCGCACGAGCUCGGCCACUGGAGCCUCGGCCACACCACUCGCCUGUUCGGCAUCUCCCAGGCGCACUUCCUCUACAUCUUCACCCUCUUCUCCGUCUUCAUCAACAACCACUCCCUCUACGCCGACUUUGGCUUCCUCCUCGAGCACCCCAUCAUCAUCGGCUUCAUCCUCUUCUCCGACGCCCUGUCGCCCAUGGACACGGUGGUCAAGCUGCUCAUGAACAUCCUGAGCCGCAAGUACGAGUUCGAGGCCGACGCCUUUGCCAACAAGCUCGGCUACAACGCCGAGCUCGCCAAGUCGCUCAUCAAGCUCCAGGUCCAGAACCUCAGCACCAUGGACGCCGACUGGAUGUACGCGACGUACCACUUCUCGCACCCUCAUCUCUCGGAGCGCCUCAAGGCCCUCAACUGGACCUCGUCCGAGAAGGUGGGCGCCGAUGAGCCCGAGGUCGCCAAGGCCACCGGCCGCGACGAGCUGUAG